GUCGUAGUUCUUGUCGUUGCGUCACAAGUCUGGAGUCCCACUAUUGUCGUAGAGAAAACUACUACUCUUGCGCUAUUGAUUUUCGCUAUAGUGCUGCUGCUGUCUCGUGUUACGGUUUUUGCUUUCAUUUUGUAGCAGUUUUUUUUGUGAGAUUUAGACUUUCCGUCGAAAAUUGCACGCCGCCAAGAAUUAAAAAGCAAAAUGUUCUUCGAUAUCUUCGCGGAUUGUUUGAAGGUCCAGCGUAUCAAAUGUAAAAACUUCUGGGUCUGGAAAAUUGUAACUUUUUAUGCUAAAUCUGCAGCAUGCAAAAAUCUGUGUUGCAUGAUUACCAAAAGUCGUCCAGUUUUGACCAAGCCGGGAGGGAGUUUCUCAUGCAGGAUAGGCAUUAGAAAGGUCUCGCAGACUCUGUCGUGCUAGGUCCUGCAGUCCAGACCUCAUGGGUCAUGGAAAAGCAGCAUGACAAGUCGCGCAUUCUUCCAGACCCGGACAUUUUUGCAUUUGAUACAGCGAAAGAACGCUGCCUUCGAAGAAGACCUCACCGAGCAAGUCUUCGAACAGAAGCAUGACGGAGACGCCUCUGCGUCCACGGACGCAGGCUCUCCCGCUGAGGACACCGUGCUGACGCCGCCGGUGCGCAGGACCAAUGCUAUCACUCUGCCGCCCGGACAAGGUAUCAUGCUGGUGCUGCUGUUCGUGCUAUCAACUGCAGAUAUGUGUGGGUCUGGAAGGUUCUGAGACCUGUCUUGCAUGAGCCAUGAUGUCUGUCACGCAUGCCCUAGCGUCACAGAUUUUUUGGGGGCUUCUUGAUGCCUGUUCGGCAUGACAAAUGCCCUCGCCACGUAGCGAAAAUUACAUUCCCUUUGCUGCUCAUGCAGUACAGAUUUUUUUGGAAGCCAAAUGCAGCGCCAGGAGCUACAUCCUUCCAGACCCAGACAUUUUUGCAAUUGAUACCUGCAGCGUGUGUUGGGGUUUUACCUCGGCGACGCGGUUAAUUUCGUCCCGACGUUCGUGUACCUUGCGGCCGUGGAGGAGCAGGUGGUGGUUGUCCGGGAGCGCCGAACUGGCUCCGUCCGGGACAAUGCGCAGGCGUGGGUUGCUAUGGAUUGCAAAGAUGUCUGGGUCUGGAAGGAUCGAAUCCUACAACAAAGUAACCAAGAGUCUGCGUUGCAUUGCUGCAUGGCAAUAAGAAUUUUUCGCCUCCUACUUGUCACGCAAAGGACAGCUCUCUUUUGCCGAACCGCAACCGGAAGGAAGAAGCUCUACUGCUGCAGUAGACCUUCUUCGUGCAAGAAAGACCCUCUGUGUGGCCCACGAGAUGCAUGACAGCCACACGUUAUAUCUUCCCCACCCAGACAUCUUUGCAUUUGAUAGCUGGGUUCAUCUUUGCGGUUGUGCAUGAAGUGGCGAGGUCCGACUACACCGCGUCCUGGAGAAAGCUCAAGGAUCUCGACUGGGCGAUGCGGUACUACACGGGCGACACCGUCGGUAUCCCGUGCAAAUAUAUCUGGGUCUGGAAAGAUGGAAACUGUAGUACGCGUCUUGCAAUCCUGGAAAAUCUGUGUUGCAUGAGCAGCAAAAGAGAGGCUUUCUGUGUCAUGCAAAGACGCGAUUUGUAAUGCGUGCUAGGCAUCAGGAGUAAGUAGGCGUCUGAAAUAAGACGUGUUAUGCUUGGCUGCAAUUGGAAGCGCUUCAAUCAUGGUCUUCCGCAAGAAUUCAGCAUCACAUAUUUAUUCCAGACCCAGACAUAUUUGCAUUUGAUAGUCGGGAACACCAAACAACUCAAGAAGUUUUUGGAGUUUGCCAUCAAGGAGCUCCAGGCCUGAGGCGUUGCUUUCAGAGUCGAGGCUUGAGGAGUUUAUUUCCCUCAGCGAUUCAAUAUCAAUACUCUAUUUCCCUCAACGAAUACGAAGAUAAAGAAAAAGACGACUGACG